CGGGAGGGUGAUGCUGGAACCCUAAACCCCUGGCGAGGCUCGCAGGAUUAACGAACUGGCGUGAUCGCAGUAGCGUCGCCAAUUACGACCCCUUCGCUUGAUUGAAUUGUCGAAUGUGAGCCCUGGUUCAAACCUGUAGCUGAAAUUUGGUUUUGGACAGAAGGGGGAAUCGGAAUUUUCGAGCUUGGAGCAGAGAAGGGUCGGAGUGGCGAGGAGCAAUGGCGGGCGCGAGUCGCCACAUGGCGAGAUCUUUUGCUUCAGUUGCGAGAGCAGGGUUGCGGUUUAAUGGUAGUAAGACAGUCAGGAGUGGUUGCGAAAUGGGUGCAGCAGCUAGAGAAGGAUUAGGCGUUGGAGUUGGAGCGCCUCGACCUGCUGCCUCUCGGAGCUUCUCCUCAUCUGGCUCAUCUUUCAUGCAGUCUCGCACACCGACGUCAUUCUUUGGAAGAUUGCCCAGAGAAAUGGCGUGCGUACUAUCUUUACUGCCUUUGCACAAUGCAACAGCUUCAUCGCAAAUCGUGUCCCAGCUCCGCUCCUCACCAGGCGCUCUUCUUCGGGGACUGUGGAUUAUCGACGAUGUCUGAUAAGCAAUACCCGAGACUUUUCCUCGCUGCGGUUUCUGGCUGAGAACCAUUUGGACCUAGUUUGGAGAGCUGAAGGGUAGUGAAGCUUGAGUAGAACCUAAUAAAGUUCACCAAACACACAAACCAUGGCAGAACUGAAAAUGGGUUUUAGAUGUCAACCUCCACCUCGCCUUCCUAGUAAAUUAUGUGCAGUUGCGGAUUUGUAGAGCAGAGUUGACCUGCACUGAUCUCUCAUGUACUUAUUUCAAACACUUAAUGCAGUUGAUUUUAUACGAA